AUGUUGCCCACGCCUCAUGUGCGUUGCGAUUAUGACAAGGUAUAUGAACCUUCAGAGGACACUUUCCUGAUGUUGGAUGCCUUAGAAAAGGACCAGGAAUUUCUACGUAGGUUUUUAGGCGAUAAGAUGAACUUGGUCUCUGAAAUCGGUUGUGGUUCUGGAAUGGUCACAACAUUCAUGAUGCACAAUAGGAUUCCAAAUAAAAAUGCUAUAUACCUUCCUACCGACAUAAAUCCCUGGGCCAUGGAAUCGAUGGUUGACACCGCCAGCCUAAACAAGUGCGACCAGAAUGUUUUAAGCCCAAUUCGGAUGAAUAUGGCCAAAUCGUUGCGCUCAGGGCAAAUCGAUUUACUAGUGUUCAAUCCUCCGUACGUUCCGGCGGAGAGCGUACCAACAAUACCGACGGAGGAAUUAUCAGUGACAGGGGAAGGCAAAGAAGAUGCAGCUUGGCUUGACCUCGCUCUCUUGGGAGGCGAUGAUGGGAUGGUAGUCACAUGGAAGCUGCUCCAUAGCUUGGAUGAGUUCUUGGCCCCAAAUGGUAUUGCUUAUGUGCUAUUUUGUGCUAGAAAUAAGCCACAAGAGGUGGUAAAGGCCAUGCAACUGCAGAACUGGUCGUGUGAGUUGGUCGAAUACCGAAAAGCAGGAUGGGAAGUCCUGAGUAUUUAUAAAUUCCACCGCUAA